AUGACCAUAAAACCCAUAACCACCCCCCUAGGCCAAUCCCUCCCACCCUUCACUCCCCACGCAAUCACCGCCCACCUGCCCGGCUGGGACACCGCCCUUCGCUUCCGCGAUGGAGACCCCGAGAUAGGCAGGCAGUUGAAGAGCAUGUAUCCGAGAUUUUCUCCGCUGAGUUUGGUUAAGGAGCUCUGCAACAACCUCCUCACCCACCUCGGCCCCGACAUCUCCACCCAAACCCACGGCUGCCUCCCCUUCACCACUCCCGACGUCUUCCCCCUCGCCGCCACUUACUGCGUUUCUCACCACCGAGGAGCCGAACAUCGCUUCACCGAAAGCGACACCUCCGCUCUCUUGUUCAGAGUGGUAGAUUUCUUUAACGUCCCGCUUAUCCCUGACGCCGAUUCCAAUUCCCCUGGUGGAGGUCUUACCGAGAAGGUCAGACUCUAUCUGGUGAUCUACCCCCUUGAUAAAGCAAAGGGUAUCAAAGGGAUUUGGACGGAUCCUGGUGUGGGGAUUUCUACUCGUUUGGCCGAGGUGCUUUUGCCGUUAGUUGGCAACUCUGAGGAUCCCGAGCAGGGCAGCCAGGAACAGUUCAAAGUUUUGGAAUGGAGCGCUACAGCUUCUGAUUUCCUCCCCGGAUCUACCACCACCACCGGCCCUUUGACAGAGAAGGACGUCCCCCCACCUACUCAUCUACCCGAGAGCUCUGCGCACGAAAAGCUGAGAGAAAGAAUCGUCACCCUCUGCCAACGUCUCCCCCGCGACCCCGAAAUCGCCAACAGACUUACACCGAACGACGUAUUUCUGUAUACCACAGGCAUGGCGGCGGUUUUUCGCUUGCAGGAAGCCCUCUUUAAGAUGGGCAGGAAGGGGCCCGUGGUGGCGUUGGGGGCGGUGUUUCAUAGUACUUUUCAUUUGUUUGAGGAACUUGAAGGUGAGGCCGAGCGCAGUGAGGACCUCAAUGCCGAAAAGGGGACCGAGCCGAAGCCGACUGUUGGAGAAAGGACGGUAGAGGGAGGAGGACAAAAGGUGGAAGGAGCGAAGAAAGAAAAGGUUGAAGGCUUCAAACACUUCGGCAACUGCGAGGAUUCCGACAAAGUGAUGGAUGAACUCGAGGAGUAUUGCAAGGGACUGCGACAAAAGGGACAGAAGGUGGCGUAUUUGUUUGUGGAGUUUCCGAGCAAUCCGUUGCUUGUGAGCGUGGAUUUGGGGCGGUUGAGGAAGAUUGCCGAUGAGUACGACUUCCCGGUUGUCAUUGACGACACGGUCGGGUCAUUCUGCAAUAUCGACGUCCUGCCCGUGGCGGAUGUGGUGGUUACGUCUUUGACCAAGACGUUUAGCGGUUAUGCGGAUGUAAUGGCCGGCUCCAUCCUCCUCUCCCCCUCCUCUUCCUACCACACCCCCUUCCUCUCAACCCUCACCACCCUUCACAAUAACACCCUCUCCCCCCCAGACGCGUCUCACCUCCUCGCCAACUCCACCUCUUACCUCACUCGCUCCGCCACGCACAACUCCAACGCCCAAAACCUCGCCUCCCUCCUCCACACCUAUUCCAAUCCCACCAAAGGCAACGAAUCCUUCACCCCCGGCUACGGCUGCCUCCUAUCAAUCGACUUCCCAACCAAGCGCAUCGCGCAAGCCUUCUACGAUAACUUGCACGUGCACCAGGGUCCGCACUUGGGAGCGCAUUUGACUAUUGCGUUGCCGUUUAACGAUUUAUUGUGGGGUGCGGAGGAAAAGGUUAAAAGUUAUCAUGAGGGCUAUGGAGCCGUGGGGGAGCAGGUUAGGGUUAGUGUGGGAUUGGAGAGGUGGGAGGAACUAAAAGAGGUUUUUGAGGAGGCGUUGGGGAAGGCGGAGGAGGUUGCUAAGGAGGAGCUUGCUGAGAGUGAGGCUUAG